UUUUUGUUUACAUGAAGGUUGCUGUGGUAGCUGCCUUUGUUGAUACCUGCAGCUGCACAAUUAGGACAUUUCCUCAAUAUUUUUUACUGGCAUUGCUGAUGUCCUGCCAUCCAUCUUAGGGGCGGGAAUUUCCAAAAUUGAGAAAUCCUUUGGACCCAGUUUGUUUCGGAACAGAAUAUAAGCAGAGUUAGAUGAGCAGAGUCUUCACUCCACUCUCUGGGACCUAUCAAGACUCACUCUGCGGGAGCUGCAAGACAUCUGUCACCAUGAAGUUGUUUCUGGCAGGAAUUGUUCUUUUUCUGAUUGUGGGAACCAAUGCCCAGUGGUACAACUUUCCUCGUGAAGCCGCCCAAGGAAGUCGUGAUAUGUGGCGAGCAUACAGGGAUAUGAGGGAGGCCAACUGGAAAAACUCUGACAAAUACUUUCAUGCCAGAGGAAACUAUGAUGCUGCCAACAGAGGAGCAGGCGGUCGCUGGGCCGCCAAGGUGAUCAGUAACGGCAGAGAGCUGUGGCAGGGGUCUGUGUCAGGUCGUGGUGCCGAGGACACUGCUGCUGAUCAGGAGGCAAACAGGCAUGGGCGCAACGGAGGAGAUCCCAACGUUUACAGGCCAAGGGGACUUCCUUCUAAAUAUUAAUAUGAAAACCAUUAACCAUUGAUAUUGGUAGUGUUGGAGAAACAUUAUACACUUUUUUACUCAAAACAAAUUUACAAUAAAAGUAUA